GGAGGGGAGACGGUUGUAGGGCUCGUGCUUGUGCCCGAGCCUGGGCGGCCUGAGGGGCGCUGGAGAUUCGGAGGGGAGGGAGACGGCAGUAGCAUGGCGGCCGGGUAUGAGCCGCCCAACGUUCCUCAUCCUCGCUGUCGCCGCCGCCGCCGGAGUCGCUGGGACCCUUUGGUCUGCGUGUGUUAAUUCCCGCCGGCCGGGAUCAUGGAGGACGUGAAGCUGGAGUUCCCCUCGCUCCCACAGUGCAAAGAAGACGCCGAGGAGUGGACCUACCCUAUGAGGCGAGAGAUGCAGGAAAUUUUACCUGGAUUGUUUUUAGGCCCAUAUUCUUCUGCUAUGAAAAGCAAGCUUCCUAUACUACAGAAACAUGGAAUAACCCAUAUAAUAUGCAUAAGACAAAAUAUUGAAGCAAACUUUAUUAAACCAAACUUUCAGCAAUCAUUUAGAUAUUUAGUCUUGGAUAUUGCAGAUAAUCCAGUUGAAAAUAUAAUACGUUUUUUUCCCAUGACUAAAGAAUUUAUUGAUGGGAGCUUACAAACUGGAGGAAAAGUUCUUGUCCAUGGAAAUGCAGGGAUCUCCAGGAGUGCUGCCUUUGUUAUUGCAUACAUUAUGGAAACAUUUGGAAUGAAGUACAGAGAUGCAUUUGCUUAUGUUCAAGAAAGAAGAUUUUGUAUUAAUCCUAAUGCUGGAUUUGUUCAUCAACUUCAGGAAUAUGAAGCCAUCUACCUAGCAAAAUUAACAAUACAGAUGAUGUCACCACUCCAGAUAGAAAGGUCAUUAUCUGUUCAUUCUGGUACCACAGGCAGUUUGAAGAGAACACAUGAAGAAGAUGAUGAUUUUGGAAGCAUGCAAGUGGCGACUGCACAGAAUGGCUGACUCAACAGCAACAUUAUAGAGGAUGUGAAUUCUAUUUGGGAAGGAGAAAAUACUAGAGACAAUAAUAACGUAAAAUGGUAAAAACACAAGUAGUUUCUAUUCAAUUUUAUGUUGCUUCCAGACAUGUUUCUCUACAACUUGUUGAGCAACAUUUUAAGAAGAUGUUGGACUUCCACAAUAGAUGGCACUCAUGGUUUUACUUUUUUUUUUUUUUUUAAACACUUUACAGUUUUAUUAUAAACCAAGAAUUUUGGACUUGCAAAGAGGUAUUAUUGCAAUAAUGCACUUUUCAUACUUGAAAUUUAUUUGUAUGAUAUAAAGUUAUUACUUUAAACAAAAUGCAAGUUAGGGGGAUUUGUUUAUAAAAUCUGGGUAAUUUAUAACAAAAGAAUUUCCUAAAGUUUGCUAAAAAUUCAUUGUGUUCUAUAGAUUACAUUAAAUAAUUUUGCAGUUCGAUUUUAUGAUGGAGCCUCUUACAGAAACAUUAAAAAAAAUGCAGGAAUCUGCCACAUUUCUUUUUUAGUAUAAUUAAGUAGCUUAAUUACCGUUCUUCAAAACCUCUCAAUCUCUUAUUACUAAUCUUUAAAUCAUGACAGCCAACUUAUCCUUACUUUAACACCAUCCAAGUAUUGCUUCCUUUCCUAUUACCUUCCUAAUUUGUUUAGUCUAUAGAAAAAAAGUUGAAUGAACAAACGAUGUUUUGCUUUAUAUAUACCAGAUGCUCAAAAAACAAGGAGUGUUUUAGAUUUUCAAGUGACUUUCCUUUUUGCAUUUCUUGAAAGCCAAAUGUUGUGUGUUCUUUUUAGAGUUGCUUAGCCCGUUUUUUUCCUUUGUUCAAAAUGGUUUUAAAUAGAAUAAACCAUUGUAGCACUAUUUUUUUUUCUAAAUGACGCCCUAAAAAGUGCCUUGCAUCGUUAAAAAUAAUAAAACUAAAUCCUCAUGACCUAUAUAAAUUAGUAUGUAGAAUGAAAAGUUUUUAACACUUUUCUGUAAUUUUUUUUAAACUAUAAAUUAGUUUAAACUGAAAGCCUGAGGCUUGAAGAAACCUCAGUAAAUUAUUUGGAAAUAUUUACUCCAUUUUUUGUUGUCUUAAUGAUUCUGUGAGGUUGUUGUGGCUCAGACAGCAGCUUUUCUUUGAAGAUUGAAUUUAUUGGGGAAAGUGGUUUGUGGGACUUUAGUUUACUUUAAACUAGUGUUUUAGUCAGUUCUUUACAUUGAGUUAAUCCAAAUUUCCCCCAUAAGUUGUAUUAGCAAAGUCACUUUAUGGAUCCUUCUUUCUCCAUAUAUAUAUAUAUGGUGGUAAGAAAAACAGUUUUGCUAUUUUAAAUAUGAUGUGAGGGAGGUGAGGAGUGUUUUUAACUUUUUAUAGUUGAUGAUUUAGAUUAGCACAAACAAAAUUCUGUCUCCCUUUUCUCAGUCCUCUUUUGAGGUGCUUUACUGAUGGGAAUGAUUUCCAUGUUCCCUUGGUACCAAGAGGUACUAUCCAAGGUAACCUAUUACAUCAAGUUACUUGCUUGGCUUUCCUCCCUAAAAUGUAAUAAUACAGUAAAAGCUUGUUUUAUCCAGCCUAGCAGGAGAGUAGAACUAAAUUAAAAUUGCUGUGUUGUUAAUCCCUGUUGACCCAGGUGGGGCGAUCCCUCUUCUGAUUUCCCUUGCCUUUCUCGUUUACCACCAUGAAAAGAGCUUAUUGGUAAUCCCAUUGUGGUCUAGUAUUCUGUUGUGAUUAGGUCAUUUGGUGUGCUCGUCUAGUCAAGAUUUGCAUUGAAUGUUCAGAAAUUCCAGCUGGUAAAGUGCCAGAUAACACAGCUUUCCUGUAUAUAGAUCACUAUUGGAUAAGUCAGCGAAGAUCUCUCUUGUAAUCUAAUAAUCUAUGAUACUACUCUCAGCAAAAACUGUUUCAAAGAAUAGUAUAUUUUGGUUUUAAAAUGAGGCAGUUAACAUUUUUUAAAUUAGUUUAAGUAUACAUAUGCUCUCUAGUAGUCUGGCCAAAAAUACAGAUUGUUAUUUAUUUAUAGCUGGUAAUUCUCCACUUUUUCUAACCACUAUGAUUUGUAUGUUGUCACUAAAGUGCCUGCCCAGCACUAUAUAUUAGACUGUCUCUCACAAAACACUAGGAAAAGGGACUGUCAUCUUAAGUACAGUAGUAAUGUGGACAAAACAUGUUCUUUAUUUCACAUAAGAACAUUGCAAGUUUGUUUUAUCUUGGAUCCAUUCUUCCGCCUAAUGUUCAACUAGUUCUUCUGGUAGCUGUUCCUAUUCUUCCUUCUGUUUGGUUCCAUUUCUGUAAUUCCUUUCUUUCCAUUGAUGUUUUAUGAUCGUUAAUUACAGUACAUUUAACCAAUCAUGAUUUAUUUUCUAGAAUAUUUGAAUGUAUGAAUGACAUAGCACCCAAUUUUAAACAUUAAAUAUUUAAUCUGGGCACAGAAUUUAAAGUGAAAUUGCAUCAAAACAGGACAGCUGCUUUACUGUCCAUUUUGAAAAUAUGAAACUUAAAUAUUGAAAAUAUUCAAACUGGAAUGGCAGUAUUCUUACCUCCUAAUUUCAGUUAAUUGGUUUAUGUUAUUAUUUUUUUAAUCUAUUAGAUGUUUAAACAGCAGUUACUUUUGUUUAUUUGUAUCUACUCUAUGGUGAAAAUGUGAAACAGUGAUAACUUUUGCUACAAACUCUCAACCACUUAACUUUUAGAGCAGAAUAUAUAUUGGGGGGAUUUUGUGCUUCAUCUGAUUUUAGCAGUAAUGUCAGAAAAUGUUAAGCAUGUCCUUUUUAAGAAAAUGUAAGGUUUCUAAUUGUCUUAUUACCAUGGUAAUUCAAGUGAAUUAGAAGUAUUUAACUGCAAUCUUGAAUUAUAAAGUUGGGAUGUCCGUACACACGUGUGUGUGUGUAGAGACACACACACACACACACACACACACACACACAUCAGGAUCUCAACUUGAUGUAAAGUAAAUGAGCAGUUACCUGGCGGAUUUUUUUUUUUAAUAACUGGCUUAAUCCAUAAUUCCAUACAAACUUAGUUUCACUUCAGUAUUUACUUUAUCUUUGUCCAUUCAACAAUGCUCCAAAAAGGAAAUGUUGGGAAAUAGCUGAGAAUUACUAAAAGAUUUUAUUUUUUUUAUUGGUUAGAAAAAUAUGUUUCUAGGGUCUUUGAAUGCUGGAUUUUUUUUGUCUUACCCAUCCAUGGCAGCUAAAACAAAAAUCACUCAAAAUAUUCAGGUUUACAUGUUAGCUCUCUUUUAUAGGGAGCUGCCAUACCUCACAGUUCAAAGUGUAUUCUGUAGAUCAGUAACAUUAUACUGACAUGUAAUUGCAAUUUACUAUGCAGCAAAAAUAAUUCAAGAAAAAUAACCUACAGUGUCUACUUACCUUUGUAUAGACAAUUGCUUAAGUUACUCUGCUUUUAACAUUUGUACUUGGAUAAAAUGCUUAUGUAUGUAUAGGAAUGUCACAGUGCAAGAUGCUGCUAGCCCAGACACAAAGUAUUAAAAUUAUUUUGUGAAGAUUGGUGGUUGUAUUAAAACUGUUGUGCCAUUAUACCUCAAAA